AUGGAUAUGGAUGGAGCUCGAGCUGGAGAUUUGGGCUUGGACCCGGCACCUGAUCUCUGCUAUGCUCCAACGGCUCUCUCACCAGUAGGGGGACAUGACAUCUCCCCAAUCUUAUACUCACCGCUCAAUGAGGACGACGACGAGAUUCGUCUCAUUAGCUUCCCGCCACAGCCACAAUCGGGGGGGUCUGACUCUGAGUUCAUCCAUUGCAAUCUGGAAACUGUGUCGCUUAAAUCGGCCACCCUCGAUUAUCAAAACUUGGUCUCUGGCCUAAUCCUAGCCAGAGAAGGAAACAACAGGAAAGUCAUUGGCGAAUGGGUACGGGUGCAAUCGCAACUGAAGUCUGGGAAUGAGCAUGCGGCAGAUACCUUAAAAUACCAUGUUCCACCACGGGUUUGCCAUCGAUACACAUGGGGUGAUUAUGCAGCGCUCUCGUAUGCUUGGGGAAAUCCAGACCCGGAUACUAUGCGCAAGAUUAUUAUCAAUGGCCAGGCAAUGUCGGUAGGACCAAAUCUCGAGGGAGCUCUGCGGGCCCUCAGUGCAAGUCCAGAUUUUGAUUUUGACAGCGGAUACAAGCUGUGGAUUGAUGCACUCUGUAUCAAUCAAAAAGACUUCGAUGAACGUAGCCGCCAGAUUUCCAAGAUGCAGAAUAUUUAUGGCGACUCAUGGGCUGUUAUAACAUGGUUAGGAGAGGAGGCUGAUGAGAGCGAUAAAGCUUUCGAUCUGGUGCGAAGUUUGUCAAUUGCUAGUGUAAAGGGCCGCGGACAACAGGUACUAGCUGAACUACAGCAGGAUCCAAGUUGCCUGGGUAAUGAGAGCUGGCUGGCGCUGCAUCAGUUGAUGCAAAGGCCGUAUUGGUCUCGACUCUGGGUUAUUCAGGAAAUCGUUCUUGGAUCAUCUGCGGUAUUACUUCGCUGUGGCAGCCAGGCCAUCGGCUGGCCGUCCUUUUGCAUCGGCAUUGGGUUCUUAUUCGAUUAUCUCUGGACCAUCAAGGAUUGGCUUCUGAAGCGCGAAAUAUAUCUAAGAGCUGUGGAGAAGCGCUUUGCUCCGGUGUGGUCGACAGCCAACCUACAUCUAGUAAAACAAGACCUCUGGCCUUUGAGCCAGCGUGAAGAACAAGGCAGAGCUAAUUUGAGUUUUGGCCGGCUAUUGGUUCUUGGAAAUUCUGCCGAGUCCACCGACAUCAGGGACAAAGUGUACGGUUUGGUUGGUAUUAUGGACCUGGAAAUCGCGAAGCACCUCGUUGCUGAUUAUAAAAGCGCUCCCUGUAUCAUAUUUGCGAAGGUGGCCAGAAUAUUUAUUCAGUCGUACCAAAAUCUAGACCCAAUCCGCGAAGGUAACCCUUGGGGUCAGACGGAUACGCCAUCAUGGGCUGCGGACUGGACCUGGGGUGGUCGGGUUCGACAUAGUCGUCCAGAGACCCGUUUAUAUGGCCCUUUUUGGAACAGAGACGGUCCACCGCGGCUUGCUAAUGAAGCAAUUCCUUAUAGCGCAAGCCAAAAAAGUCGCGCUGAAGCCUCAUUCUCUGACGAUGGCUUACAUCUCACUUGCCGAGGCUUUGUGGUUGACAGGAUUGCAGGCCUCACUGCUCGCGGAUAUGGUUACUUUUCAUGGUCGAUGGCAUCUAUUGUUCAACCAAAUCCAGCAAACAGUGUUUAUGGGGGCCCAGUGGAAACUGCCAGAGCCCUCUGCCAUGCUCUCGUUGCAGACAGGAUUGCUGAUGGGUCGAAAGCAAAUGACCGCCAAAUGGCAAUUUUAAGUCUUCCAUCCACGUUUCAAAUUGCCGCUCCACAGUUCGAGAAAUUAAAAUGGAAGUGGCUCUCUACCCAAGAAGGUUAUUACUUUCGAUGGGAACAGUGGCGACUCGCGAACAAAGACUUUUUGUUGGGGGACCGGCGACUUGGAGAGUAUUUCACCGAUUUCCUUCCAUUCGGUGCUUCGGAGUAUGAUUAUACGGAAGUAUAUAGCUGCUUUGACCGUACAUCUAAGGGAAGAAGACUUAUAACUACUGAAAAUGGUUACUUGGGAUGGGCUCCAGAUAAUAUGUAUGGGAGCGACUAUGAUCAGGCCAAGAAAGGGGACCUGAUUGCUAUUAUCUUUGGCUGCAGUACGCCAAUUGCUAUUCGCCCUCGCGGAGAUCUUUUUCAGGUCAUAGGCGAAGCAUAUGUUCAAGGUCUUAUGGAUGGUGAAGCUAUGGAUUUCCUCAAUUUAGGGGGAUUUUCAGUACAAGAUUUUACCUUUUGUUAA